AUGGAAAACAAUAGUGAAAUACCAUCUAUGAUAAAAUCUAAUUAGUAAACCAAUAGACGAUCCCUGAAGAUUUCAGUAGUACAUCCGACAGAUGAAUCCCUUACUAAUGUUUAAGAUGAGGAAAGAUUUUUGUAUGAGAAACGUUAAUGGGAAAUAAGUAAUUAAUCAGUUUCUUUGGAAAAUAUUCAGAAAGAGUAAAUGGAAAAAUAUAAAGGGGAAUGGAACUGGGGUGUUUUUAUUGAAUUUUUCUUAUACCAUUAGGUAACAUAUAGAUUUUAGAAUGUAGAUUUUCUUCACAAUAUUAGGGCCAUUUAUGGUAAUUUUAUUUAGUGUAUGGCCUGGUAUGACAUUAAUGAAGAACAUGAAAUUUUAUGGGAAUUCAAUGGCUUUUUAUCUAUAAACAUUGUUAUGGUUUGGAUCUGUAAUAGGAGGGUUGGGAUAUUUUUUAUGGGAUGAAAGUCUAAUAACAUUAACAGAAAUAUUAUUUUUAUGGUAUGCAUUAACAAUUCGAAGUGUUGUAAUAGCUGCAAAGUAUGCUACAUUUAGUAAGAGUGUAAUAAUGUUAUACAAGAGUACAUUACUACCAGAAGAUGUCUUUUCAUUUGAUCUUAUGAUGGGAGAAUGGAGAGAAUAAUCUCCAAAGAUUCUGUUUUUAGAACCUUAUCGUUCUCUCUAACGUUAUUAAUUUGAAAUCUCUUUAUUUAAGAUGGAUUUUAUAGUGUAGCCACAUUAAGAAACAUAAGUUGCCAUAGCUAAAGUUGAUAUCAAUUUUUUUCGAGACACAGGAGUUAAUUUAGAUAAUGAUGAAUACUCAGGUUUCAAACUAUUUGGUUUCUUAGUAAAUCAUUAUUAGACUAAGAAUUCACCAAAUACUCAUUUAUAUAUAUGUGUAUUAGAAGCUUUUAUUCUUUCGACAACACCUGUUUGGUGGAGAAUUGGUUAACUGUUAGAUUCUGUUGAACCCUUAGAUAUGUUUAGAAUGGGUAUUGAUUUUAAUAUAAAUUAAGUCUUAAAUAUCCUCGCUUCUUUUAUUGGAUUCUGGGGUAGUAACAUAUUUUUUCAUUAAGCCUUUUAUGAUUUUAAUCGUAAAUUCUUUUUACUCGAAUAAUUGUUACUGAUUAUCAAAGUUAGAUAAGAUCAAAUAGAAUAAUUAAAAUUACUGCCAACUAUAAACUUCAAUAAUAUAACUACUUGGUAAGCAUGGUCAAUGAUGAGAGCAAUAUCAUUCGAUUAUGGUUAAACUUAUAAUCUUAGAACUUAAGGCUUUUAUUCUCUUUGUUUCUUAGGAUUUAUUGUACUAAUAUUCUUAUCUUUAUUUUUAAUUCUAGACUUUAUUCAUCUAGACUUUUUUUAAUUAAUCCUACUAGGUGAAUUAGCGAUAAUCAUAGUUUGUUUUACUGCGUAUUAUCUAUAUUAAGGUGCUAAAUUAAAUACUUAUUUGGAUUAAUGUGAAGUAGCUCUCCAAGAUGUUAAAUCUAUCUAUUAAGAUCUCCUUAGAAUGAAGGAUGUUUAUUUUGAACAGAAUAAGGAACCCUAAAAUUACAUUCAUAAGAAAUUCAAAUAACUUUUAAAAAACGAAAAUUAAGUUGAAGAAGUCCUCAAAUCUAUCAUUUAAGAGUUGGAUGAUAAUAUUAGAAUUAUCUAAUAUGACUCAAGAAAUAACCCAUUUAAACUUUAUGGAAUCAAAAUUACUUUUAAUUUACUAAAAAGUGCUGCAGUAGGACUCAGUACUCUCUAUAGUUAUUCACUUUAAUAACGUUUUAUGUAAACAGAAUGA